AUGGCAACGGUAAAGAUGAUUUUUUCUCUCGCACCUAAGAUGCAAUGGUCUUUACAUCAAUUAGACAUUUCUAAUGCAUUCUUAAAUGGUGACCUCGAUGAGGAGAUAUAUAUGAAAUUACCACUAGGCUAUGCUGACUUACAAGGUGAAGUCUUCUCUCCUAAUGUUGUUUGUAGAUUACACAAGUCGAUUUAUGGACUUAAGCAGGCGUCCAGACAAUGGUUCUUGAAGUUUAAAACUACUCUUGUGGGUUUUGGCUUCGACACAUGUCAUGGUGAUCAUACCCUUUUCGUGAAAGAAGAAAAUGGUCAGUUCUUAGUAGUUUUGGUAUACGUAGAUGAUAUUCUAAUUGCAAUCACAGAUUCUACUAUGGCUUCUGCUCUACGAGAUCAACCAAGGUCUGUUUUCCAGCUUCGAGAUCUUGGUCCACCUAAAUAUUUUCUUGGCAUUGAGAUUGCCAGAAAUGAGGAAGGGAUCUGUCUUACUCAGAGGAAAUAUGUUCUUGACUUGUUAGAGACUACUUGUUUUUCGGAUUGCAAGCCAUAUCCUGUUCCCAUGAAGCAAGACCAACAAAUGUCUUUGACUAGUUUCUCACGACGAAGGAAGAAGAAAGUUGCUACAGUGUCUGAGGGUGAUGAAGAUUAUGAGGUUGAACCUGCUCAUCCUUCUGAUUCUACACUUGCACUUUUAACGGAUACGAAGCAGUAUCGUAGAUUGAUUGGAAAGCUUCAGUAUCUGACCAUCACUCGUCCAAAUAUUACUUUUGCUGUUUCUAAACUUGCUCAAUACUCAUCUGCUCCGCGAAAGUUUCAUCUUCAAGCUGCACACAAGGUACUUCGUUACUUGAAGGGUACUAUUGGACAGGGCUUAUUCUAUGGCAAGGAUGAUGACUUCUCGCUUAGAGGAUUCUCUGACGCAGAUUGGGGAGCUUGUCCCGAUAGUAGGCGCUCUGUUACUGGCUAUGCCAUCUUCAUUGGUCAGUCCUUGGUAUCUUGGCGAUCCAAGAAGCAAGAUAUGGUUUCGAUGAGCUCUGCAGAAUCUGAGUAUCGUGCCAUGAGUGUGAUUACCAAGGAGCUAUUGUGGUUCACAUAUAUCUUGAAAACGCUUCGGGUACCUUUCUCUCUUCCCGCUUAUUUGUAUUGUGAUAAUCAGGUUGUUCUUCACAUUGCGAGUAGAUGA